AUGGUGAAAGAACACCUCAGGAAGGAAGACUUGCUCGCGAUCGUGUUGUGGCUCGAACAUCGCCCCAACUUCGAGAAGUGCUUUGGCGUGUCGAAGCAGACGUCGGUUGGCAAGAAGCCGGCCUCCAAAAGUGACGGGUUCAGGGAGAUGGCCGCUGCGCUUCAGAGGAUGAAAGAUCGCUUCCAGACCUACAAGGCUCGCUUCAUGAAGGCGAAGGAGUACGAGGCAUCGACAGGAGCCGGCAUCACGCCAGACGACGAAGCUGCUGGUGUGUACGCAGAAACUGGAGAAUAUGUGUCCCUGGUACUCCAAAAUGGACGCACUGUUCUACUCUACUAA